AUGUUCUUGUCAAGAGCUCCACUUGCGACGUUACGCAGGUCAACUGCGAGCAUAUCGCACAAUAUUUGCGGGAGGAGAUGCAAUCUCCUCACGCUAGCGAUUGAAACAUCAUGGUGGGUUUCGCCCAAAUAUGACUGGGGGAUAUGUGCUGUUACUGACCCAGCUACCCCGAAUAGUGACGAUACAUCAGUCGCAAUCGUCGAGAAACGAAGAGAGUCUUCGGCCGAAGCCAAAGCCAGUGUGCACUUCCUCGAAAAUAUCACGUGCGAUUCAAGAGAGCACCGCGGCAUUCACCCGAUUCUUGCCCUCGAAUCCCACCAAGAGAACCUCACGAAACUUGUUGACAAGGCCCUCAAGAAUCUGCCGCCUGUGCAGAAUGGAUCGGGGUCAAUUACGCUGGCAGAUGGCUCCCUGCGCCGCCGACCAGACUUCAUCUCCGCUACGAGAGGUCCUGGCAUGCGCUCCAACUUGUCAGUCGGUUUAGAUACUGGGAAAGCUCUUUCUGUCGCCUGGCAGGUUCCGAUGGUUGGAGUUCAUCACAUGCAGGCCCACCUAUUGACUCCUCGACUAGUAUCAUGUCUAGGAGAAGGCGAUGCUACUACUAUAUCGAAACCUAUCUCGCCUCAAUUUCCCUUUCUAUCUAUCCUUGUCUCGGGUGGCCAUUCGAUCCUGGUCCACUCGAAAUCCCUCACAGGUCAUAAAAUCAUGGCCUCAAGCGAUGAUAUCGCUAUGGGAGAAGCUCUGGACAAGUCUGCGCGAGAGAUUCUCCCUCCGAAUGUGCUUCAGGAGGCAAAGAGCACGAUGUAUGGCAAAAACCUGGAGCAGUUCGUCUUUCCCAACGGCAAGGCAGAUUUUGCUACUUACCAACCUCCUCUGACUCGGGGAGAGGAGGUGAUUAAGCGCAAAAGUGCAUGGGGCUGGAGCGUGACUACCCCAUUCGCAAAUACUCGCACGUUACAGCUCAGCUUCUCAUCUGUCUCGAGUAUGGUCAGCAAAAUCGUCAACGACAAGGGUGGAUGCCUCUCCGAUGAAGAGAGGGUGGAUCUGGGCCGAGAAGCAAUGCGCGUCUGCUUCGAACAUCUCGCAUCGCGGACUAUUAUUGCGCUUGAAGCGCUUCGCCUCAGACAUCGCGACGACGAGGAGAUCCAGACUUUGGUUGUGAGCGGCGGUGUCGCGGCCAAUAAAUUUCUCAUGCAUGUCCUCCGCUCUUUCCUAGAUGUCCGUGGGUUUGAGCAUAUUAAGAUUGUUGCUCCCCCGCCGUAUCUUUGUACCGACAAUGCGGCCAUGAUCGGGUGGGCGGGAAUCGAGAUGUUUGAGGCUGGAUGGAGGACGGAUCUGAGCUGUCGUGCUCUUCGCAAAUGGACCCUCGAUCCUCAAGCUGAUGAUGGUGGAAUCUUGGGACCUGUCGGAUGGUUUCAGGCCUAA